GCCUCCUUGCGGAUCAUACGUGGUCCAAAAGGAGCCGGUCACAAGCCCGGAUAAAUGAGGAGUGCACUGGUCGUGUUGUCAUCUUGGGGGAAACCCCAUCAUGGCAACACGCCCCAAAACCCCCAGGGUCAAGGUGGGAGGACGUGCUGAGGGCCCUCACAGCCGGCUGUGGGCAGCGGGGGGUUGGUGCUGAUUGGGCUCGCAAGCGGAAGAGGGGAGGGGGAGCAGGGCCUGUGGUGUGUCUAGUGGAAGGGGAGGGGCGGUUGUCGGGGAACCCCGGGGUGUCGCGGAGAGAUGCCCUUGGGGUGAACCACUUCUGCUCCGAACCGGAAGCUGGAGUGGUGGGAAACAUGUGCACAAGUGUUGGCCCCGGGAGGUCAUGAGCGACUUCCUUGGGGUAAACCAACGUGCACAUUCCCAUCACAACGAAGCAACACAGGAGCUGUUCUUCCAUGCUUGCGAGCUCACUCAGCAUAAUCGCUGUCGCGAACGACUAUGCGUAGGAGAGUGGCGUCACUGCGUAGGUGUAAAUGUUGCUGGGUGCAGGCAAGGGAGCACUGCUGACCACCCUAAUUUUAUUUCUUCCCAUUUAAUCAAAUAGUGUAUGGAGAAUUUAAAGCAAAAUAAACAAAUAACAAAAACCAACACCGCGCAAGCGGCGAAGCGACCCGUCAGGGUAGAAGAAUGUGAGGGCGGGAGAUCAGCUGGUGGACCCCCGACCGUAGCACGGGAGGGGGGGAAACCAGAGGAUGGACCCCCAAACAUUGAAGAGGGUGGAACUCUGAGCUCCGACGAGGAGACCGGAGGAGCACGACGAGAAGCAAGGGAGGGUACUCCAGAUGUCCUACAGCUGGGGGGCCUCACGCUGCAUGAAGAGGAGCUGCUGCGUUCGCCAAAGGGAAGGGAAACCGAAAGGGAAGCUACACCGGUGGUGAACGAGCCGUUCCACAAGUAUGAGUCCAAGGCGCAGAAGAGGAAAGCCAAGGAACUAAGGAGAAAGGCUGCGAUUGCUGGGGAAAGGGGUGGCGUUCCAGGGGGUAACACCAAAGGGGAUGCCAAACCUGGCCCGAGCAAACGUGGCCUGAAGAUGAAAAGGCAGAGUACUGAUGAGGGUCGGUCGGAGCGUCCUCCGGCGAAGCGCCAGAAUCGAGGCAAGGCCGCCGCAGAGGGACCACGGAACGUCGCGAAGGCGAACCGAGGUCUGGCUGUGGCGGUGUGUCGCGAGGAUGGCGUUUCGGUGGACGAGGCUCUAGCGAAGCUCAUCAGGAAGAAGCUUACGCAACUGAUCGAGGUGGUCGUCCUCAAGGUUGUAAGGGGGGAGCCUGGCUUAGUAGCACCUAGAUUCGCUACGUCGGGGUUGGUGUCGGAAGGAUUCUUCCUUGUGACACCAAAAUCGACGGAGUCGAGGGAGUGGCUGCUAAGUCAGGACUUCGGUGAGCUGGACGGGCACAAGAUCAGCGUGCGUAAGCUGGAGCAGACCAGGGUGCAGGUCUGGGUUCCGGGCGAUGCGGAGACGGAGUAUGUAAAGGAGUUCCUUUACGCUCAGAACCCGGAUCGUCCGGAGCUCAGGAUCCUGGAAUGGAAGGCGGCUGGAAGGGACGCUCUGGAGCUAGGAACCCGACUAACCUUCUUGGUUCCGGAAGAAGUGGAGGAGAACUGGGGCGAGGAGAAGACUAAAGUGCUGGACUUCUCAGCUACCAGCGUAAGAGUUAGGAUCUUGAGGGCAAACACAAAUCAACAACCCUCAGAUCCUAAAAACGAAGAACCCGAGCUGAAGCAGGAGAGUGCUGUACCGGGCGAUAUCCAUAAGGAGGGGACGGAGAGUAUGGAUGUCGUCGACGGAAGUGAACUCUCCGGGUAGCAGCUAGGGGACAGCGACACUAUACACCAAACAACACAAUGAACACACAAAGAACACUACACAAACACCAACACACAAAAACACACAUAAACAUAUGCCAAGUAAACCUCCAACACUGCAAGGAUGCAAUGUCCGAGCUAGGACAAUUCGUUAGGAGGGCCGAAGUUGAUAUAGCACUGCUGCAAGAACCUUAUGCAUGGAAGAAUCAGGUGGCAGGCCUGGGACAUCUGGGGGGGGCUCUCCACUACGAAGGGAAUGAGACCUCGUGGUGGUGGAGACACACUUCACGACGAAAGAAGGGAGAAGAUACAAGGUGGCGCUGGCGUCCUGUUACAUGCCGGGCGACGGAGUGGCACCGACAAAAGAACUAGAAGAAACGUUACUUAGGUACACAGGUAAAGGAAUACCCCUGAUUGUUGGUGGCGAUGCUAACGCACAUCACGAGGUGUGGGGUAGCACCGACACUAAUGACAGGGGAGAAUCAUUAAUAGAAUUUAUAAUUAGCAACGACCUAGAAAUUAUGAACACAGGUAACACACCAACGUUUGUAACGAGGGCAAGGAGAGAAGUGCUCGAUAUCACUAUAGUAACGAAAGAGAUGGGCGACAAGGUUAAGAGCUGGAGGG